UAAACCAUAAAUAAAAGAAAUAGAAGCUUAGAGCCCACCACCCAUUCCUACCUCAAAUUUUCCACUUCAAACUUUGCAUCGAAAGGUAUCUGUGCUUCAAUAUCUGUUAGCUCCGCGGUCCCGUUUCUACAACCCUUCACCUGAUUCUUUUUGGCAUUUCAUUUCAUUAUGUUACGGAAUUUCCAGUUCUGUUCAGAGCUUUCAACUCGGUCCUUUUCAUGAUUUUGAUUUCCGUGUUUCGAUCUCCCUAUUUAAGCGUUUUUGUGGAUGUUGAGGUCCAUAUAUAGAGUGAAACAGUCUUAGUUUUUACUCUUCCAUCUGUUUGGUUCUCGAGAAACUCGGGAGAAAUAAUAAUAUAUUUUGAAAAAUUGAAUUUGAGAACUACGCUAUAUGCUCUAUUCCAACGAUCAGUUUUGUAAUUUCGAAGCAUACGGCUGUUGUUUUCUAAUUCUACAUCAUCUUAGCGACCAAACGAGACUCGCAAACGUUCUAAAUCGGUUUUAGAAGAUGGAAUCAGGAUCAUGGCACAUGGAGGAAAGAACUACUUUAAGAGACGAGUUGUUCAAAGAUGUUGACAAUGUCCCCGAAACUGGGUGUCUCUCCAUUGUUUUGCUCGGUGCUUCUGGCGAUCUCGCCAAGAAGAAGACCUUCCCGGCACUCUACAACCUCUUUCGGCAGGGAUUCCUACCCCCCGAUGAAGUUCACAUUUUUGGCUAUGCAAGGUCUAAGAUUUCGGAUGAAGAGCUAAGAAAUCGCAUACGUGGGUAUCUUAGUAAUGAAAAAAGUGCUUCAUCCGAGAACUUGGAGAAUUUAAGAAAUUUUCUGCAACUGGUUAAGUAUGUAAGCGGUUCCUAUGAUUCCGAGGAAGGCUUUCAGCUGUUGGAUAAGGAAAUCUCAAAGCAGGAAUUAUCAAAAAAUACUGUGGAGGGAUCAUCUCGGAGACUUUUUUAUCUGGCACUUCCUCCAUCAGUUUAUCCAUCUGUCUGCAAGAUGAUCAGGCAUUUUUGCACGAAUAAAUCCGAUCUUGGUGGAUGGACAAGGAUUGUUGUUGAGAAGCCUUUUGGCAAAGAUUUGGGAUCUGCAGAGCAACUCAGUGCCCAGAUUGGAGAGUUAUUUGAAGAACCACAAAUUUUCCGUAUAGACCACUAUUUGGGAAAGGAAUUGGUGCAGAAUAUGUUGGUUCUUCGAUUUGCAAAUCGCUUCUUCUUGCCCCUUUGGAAUCGUGACAACAUUGACAAUAUACAAAUUGUGUUCAGGGAGGAUUUUGGGACUGAAGGUCGUGGUGGAUAUUUUGAUGAAUAUGGGAUUGUUCGUGAUAUCAUUCAAAAUCAUCUGUUGCAGAUUCUUUGCCUACUUGCCAUGGAAAAGCCAGUUUCUCUCAAACCUGAGCAUAUUCGGGAUGAGAAAGUGAAAGUUCUUCAAUCAGUUCUUCCAAUUAAGGAUGAAGAUGUUGUUCUCGGACAAUAUGAAGGCUAUAGGGAUGAUCCAACAGUUCCUGAUAACUCAAAUACUCCAACUUUUGCAACUGUAAUUCUGAGAAUAAACAAUGAAAGAUGGGAGGGUGUACCAUUUAUACUCAAGGCUGGGAAAGCAUUGGAUUCGAGAAAGGCAGACAUUCGUGUUCAAUUUAAGGAUGUGCCUGGUGAUAUAUUCAGAUGUAAAAAGCAGGGGAGAAAUGAGUUUGUAAUACGCCUUCAGCCAUCAGAAGCCAUGUACAUGAAGCUUACGGUCAAGACGCCUGGACUGGAGAUGCAGACUAUCCAAAGUGAAUUAGACUUGUCUUACGGGCAACGUUAUCAAGGGGUCACAAUCCCAGAGGCUUAUGAACGUCUAAUUCUUGACAUCAUAAGAGGUGAUCAGCAGCAUUUUGUUCGCAGAGAUGAGUUGAAGGUGGCAUGGGAGAUCUUCACACCUCUUCUGCACAGAAUUGAUGGUGGAGAAAUGAAGCCGGUUCCAUACAAACCGGGGAGCCGAGGUCCUGCAGCAGCAGAUGAACUGCUAGAAAAAGCUGGUUAUGUUCAAACACAUGGCUAUGUAUGGAUCCCUCCCGCCUUGUAGAAUGCUGUAUACUUGCAAUAAUGGACUCUGGUGUAUCAUCCUGUUGCCUGCCGAUAUCAAGUUUGCAUGAAAAAUGGAACAACUAACAAGUAGGGUAUGACUCGACCUUUACGUAAGCAAUACGAGGCAAUUCUAUGCCCUUUCUGUAAUAAAUUGCUGAUAAAGCUGUUUUUCACUUUGUAAUAUGAGUUUUUCUUUGUACGCAUUUAAGGAAUAAGGAAUUGAAUGUGUUGCCGAGCU